AUGUCUGCCCCUUUAACCAAAGUUGAUUCCGCCAUCGCUGGCUUGUCUUUAUCAGAUGAGAAGCCUUCGGCAACCACGGAAACUACAGAAACUGAGGUCAAGAAGAAGUCCAAGCGAAACUCUUCUGUUGCCGCCCCUAAUGUCUGGAGCAUCAAGGACCUGGAGGAGCAGAAGAUCGAGAUCACUCUCCCCAUCGAAACUCAAAAGACCGGGUGGAAACUCAACACCUCACCAAACACCAUUGAGGACAAGGACAUCCUCAAACUUCUCCUCAUCAAUCCCCCAGUCAAGAAGAUUGACUUGCACUUCCCCCUCGGACUCGAGGUCACUGCUCGAAACAUGAAGGGAGUCACAAUAAAGGACGCCCUAGAUGCGAUCUACAAGCAAUUCAAAAAGAAGGCGGACGACGAGCUGGAUAAACCCUACCUCGCAGGUUUCGAGUGGGAUAAAGAAGAAUGCUGGACUCGCCUAAUCGUGCACCAAAAAUCAAGCGCCGGUAUCCCGCAAUCCAGCGAUAAGAAGUCCAAAAAGAAGAAGAAGGAGGAGGCAUAG